AUGUCAAACCCGAGAGUUGUCCGCAGGAAGUGGCCAGACUCGAACUGUGGGAAACCCGGAACCGUGGGUCACGUUGUUGUCCUCCUAGCCCAUGACGCCGCUGGGUCUUCUGGCCCGCUGAGAGUCCCAUCAGACCCUCCGAAGACAACUGGGUCAUUACCGGGCGCAUCGGCAUCCGCUCUAACUACGAAGCUCUAUUUCUUCAAUGCAGUUUUAGAACGUGCGCUUAUCCCAACCUUUCGCAUCCUCGACGGCUCCGGCAAUGUAAUGGAGGGAGCGGAGAUUUUGAGCGACCAAAUGGACCGGGACCUCGCUCUGAGAAUAUACGAGUCUAUGAUGAUUUUGCCCGCGAUGGAUAACAUCUUGUACAAUGUCCAACGGCAGGGUAAGAUCAGCUUCUACAUGACUUCGCACGGGGAAGAAGCCACUAUCAUCGGAACUGCAGCAGCCCUCGGACCAAAUGAUGAGGUGCUGGGGCAGUAUCGUGAAAUGGGGAUAGCCUUGUGGCGGGGCUGUCCUCCAGAGGAGUUCAUGGCACAGUGCUUCUCUAACGAACAUGAUCAUGGAAAGGGACGACAAAUGCCAGUGCAUUACGGGUCUAGGGCGUACAAAUUCCACACUAUCUCUAGUCCGCUCGCCACCCAGAUACCCCAGGCAGCUGGCGUUGCUUAUGCUCUCAAGCGGGACCCCGCGCGGAGAGGGAAGGAUUGCGCUGUUUGCUUCUUCGGGGAAGGUGCUGCCUCUGAGGGCGACUUCCAUGCUGGUUUAGGCAUGGCCAGUGUUCUAGGAGGGCCACUCAUAUAUGUAUGUCGGAAUAAUGGCUUCGCGAUCUCGACACCUGCCGUUGAACAAUACCAUGGCGAUGGCAUUGCUUCACGUGGACCGGGGUAUGGCAUACCUACAAUUCGCGUGGAUGGAAAUGAUAUACUUGCUGUGUAUAAUGCUGCGAAGCGUGCGCGGGAGCUUGCAGUAGCUGAAAGUACAACUGUUUUGAUUGAGGCCAUGACCUAUCGAGUCGGUCAUCACUCCACGUCUGACGACAGCUUCGCCUAUAGAGCUCGACAAGAAGUCGAAGACUGGAAGAAAAUUGAUAACCCUCUCCAUCGCAUGCGCAAGUUUCUCGAAUUGAAAGGAUGGUGGUCUGAAGAGGAGGAAGAACGUUUAAAGGCAUCUCAGAAGAAGAGAGUGCUAAAUGCUUUCACGCACUCUGAGAAGCAACUGAAACCUUCUCUGUCGAAUCUUUUUACGGAUGUGUAUGACCAGGAACCAUGGAAUCUCGCAGAGCAACGUGCGGAACUUCGGGAUCUGCUGAAGAAGUACGGUGAUAUUUGGGAACCGUGGAGGCACGAACUGCAAAAGUUCCGAAAUAACGGGAGGGAUGUUUGACCUGACGCACAACUGUUCAGAGAAUGAACCAUGAUCACAAUGUUAAUGCAUCUUUUGUCCUUGCCACUAAAAAUCAUCGCUUCAAGCUGAGAGAAUUUAGGGACCAUCCUAGAUAUGUACACCAAAAGAGCGAAUAGAGAAAGGAAAGAGUGAGAGUUGUACACAGAGUCCGAUUGUUGUAGAAUGAACGGAAAGGCAUGAGAAUUAAACGGAGGUGUAUUGAUCGAUACCCAAGGAGGUUGGCGAUAAGAGUGGGGGAGAGAUAUAAGUCGGCAGGUAGUUAAAGUAUUGUAUGUCCAGCAUGGGUUGGCAAAACGUGUAUUAGCGAGAUACGGAAAA